CCGAGCUCAUAAAGCGCCGCCGCCGCCCGCACGGGGCGAGCCGGGACGAGCGGGGCUGAACGGGACCGAGCCGCGCCGCGCCGCGCCGCGCCGAACCGAGUGGGAUCGAACCACGCCGCACCGAACCGAGCCGAGCCGAGCCGAGCGGGACCGAAUCGAGCCGCACUGAACCGAGCCGAGCUAAGCUGAACCGGGCGGGACCGAACCGAGCGGAACCGAACUGGACCUUUCCGAGCGGGGCCAGGCUGAGCCGAGUCGCUCCGAGCCGGGAGGAGCCGCGCUGAGUUGAACGGAGCCGGAGCCGGAGCCAGAACCGGAGCCGGAGCUGGGCUGAACCGAACCGGGCGGGGCCGAGCCGAACCGGGAGGAGCCGAACCAGACCGAUCGGAUUUGAGUGGAGCCGGUGCCGGUGCCAUGCGCCCCUCCGCGCUGCUGCUGGUCCUGUGCGCCCUGUGCGCCCUUGCGGGGCGGCCACACGCCUCCUUCGAGGUGUCCAUCGAGCCGGCGGCGCCGGUGGUGGAGUACGGUGGCUCCAUCCGCCUCACCUGCAAGACCACGUGCCCGGACUCCAACACCGUGGGUGACCUGGAGACCUCCAUCCGCAAGCACAACGUCCAGUUCGGCCCCGGCCAGACCUCGGUGGAGCUCAGCAACGUCACCGAGUGGCACUCCAGAGUCCUCUGCUUCUACAAGUGUGCCAGCGUGCGGAAGACCGUGUCGGUCGAACUCGUCGCCUACCGCGCCCCGGAGCAGCCGCAGCUGGAGCUGGAGCAGUGGCUGGAGGAGGGCAAGAGCCACAACGUGACGUGCAGCGUACCCUCGGUGGCUCCGGUCAGGAACCUCACCGUCACCCUGGGCCAGGGCGCCGAGACACUACACACCCAGACCUUUGAGCAUGACACCCGCCCCAGCCCCCAGCAGGUGCUGGUGACCCACAAGAUCACGGCACAGCGCUGGCACCAUGGGCAGAACAUCACCUGCCGGGCGCAGCUCAACCUGGAGCCCCACAAGCUCCACAUGAGCAGCACUGCUGUCCCCGUGCCACUGUCCGUCUACGAUUUCCCGGCAGACCCUGAGCUGGAACCCGAAAUCCACCUGGAAGUCAACGAGACGGCCAACGUCACCUGCACCAUCCGCUCCUUCUUCCCGGAGGUGCACUUCGCGCUUUCCCUGGACGGACGGCCGCUGCCAGCCUCCGUCUCGGAGGACGGGCACCGCGCCGUGGCCGAGCUCACCGUGCCACGGCAGGGAGCCUCCAAGCUGCUCUGCACCGGGCACGUGGGGCCCAAGGAGCGCAAGGCACAGGCCACGGUCCACGUCCACAGUUUCCCGGCCCCGCAGCUGGACGUGAACAUGACCAGCGUGUCGGCGGGCGAGGAGGUGGUGGUGCAGUGCGAGCUGCCCACUGGGCACUCGCCCCAGCUGCGACUGCGGCUGCAGCCCGGCGCCGGCCACCCGCUGACACACUGGAGCCCCUCGCCGCUGCGCUGGGUGCGGACGGCCCGCGAGGAGGACGACGGGCUGGAGCUCACCUGCGAGGCCGUACUGCCCGGCACCGGCAAGGCCCCCAAGGCCAGCAAGUCUGUCCGGCUCGCCGUGGCCUACGGGCCGCGCAUGGACGAGGCGGGCUGCCCCCCACGGCAGAGCUGGACCGAGGGGCAGGAGGCGGCGCUGCGCUGCUCGGCCCGCGGCAACCCGCCGCCCCGCGUGGAGUGCGCCCGGCAGGGGCGGCCCUUCCCCGUGGGGGAGCCGCAGCCGGCGGCGCGAUCCCACGCCGGCACCUACCGCUGCUGGGCUACCAACAGGCUGGGCGACGUCGAGCGCGUGGUGGAGGUGCUGGUGGAGUGUGAGUGCUGCCGGAGCCCAGUGGGAUGCUCCAGAGCGGGAUGCGCCGGGGCAGGAUGCCCCAAGAUACCACGACCCCCCCGUGCUGCUGGCUGUACUGCUGACCCUGGCCGCGCUGGCCGCCGUGGGCCUCGCCGGGGCCAGCUACGGCAUCUACUACCGCAAGAAGAAGAUCCGGCAGUACAAGCUGCAGGAGAAGCAGCGGCAGCUGGAGAUGCAGCCCAUGGCCGGGCGCCCGCCGGCGGCGAAGGCAGCCGCUUCCAACGGGUCGGCGCUGGCGGCCCAGCCCUAGCGGAACGGAGCCGCCGGAGGGGCCGGUGCCCCCUCUGCGGUGACAGGGUGACAUUCGGACGAGGCUCCGGCGCGCGCCAGGGACAUCCCGCGGGACUGGCGUUCCCGCAGCCGCCCCGGGCGAGACUGGAAGCAAACACUACAGACGGCCGGUGCCGGCGGGGCCGGGGACGUGGCCGGCAGCGGCGGGUGAUGGCCGGGCGCUGGCGUCGCCCCGCGUCGGGGCCCCGCUGGGGGACCGGCCCUGCUCCCGCUCCCGGUGUCACUUCCCGCCCUGGCGCGGCGAUGCCCCGGCGUGGCUGUGCGGCCCUGCCCCUCACCGCGAUGCUCCUGGCCUUGUUCGGCCGCACGGCGCCAGGAGCCGCCGGCAGCUCCUUCACGGUGGCAGUGGCGGGGCCGUCGGCAGUGCCCUACGGCGAGGACGCCCUGAUCAACUGCUCCACCACGUGCCCGCCUGCGGCAGCGGAUGGCGGCCUGGAGACCUCGCUGGCCAAGGGCCACCAGCGCCAGGGCCCCGGCUGGCUGGCGGUGCAGCUGCACAACAUCACCGAGCCCCACGUCCAGCUCCUCUGCUACUUCACCUGCUUUGGCCAGAGGAAGACGGCCGCCCUCGCCCUGGCAGCGUACCGCUUCCCGGACCCGCGGCUGGCCGUCCUCGAGCCCAACGCCUCCCUGCAUGAGUCGGUGGCCGUCGAGUGCUCCGCGGCGCCCAGCCAGCCCCCGGGGCUGCAGCUGUGGCUCCGCAGCAGCCGCGGGGUGCAGGAGUCCGGGACGGAGGGACGCGUCCGCCUGGAGCUGAUGGCUCGCGAGGAAGACGACGGGCUGGAGUUCGUCUGCGAAGCCGAGUUGGCCGUGGGCAACCAGACGCUGCGGAAGAGCUCGGCCCCGGCCACGCUCAGCAUCUCCUACGGGCCGCGCAUGGACGAGGCGGGCUGCCCCCCACGGCAGAGCUGGACCGAGGGGCAGGAGGCGGUGCUGUGCUGCUCGGCCCGCGGCAACCCGCCGCCCCGCGUGGAGUGCGCCCGGCAGGGGCGGCCCUUCCCCGUGGGGGAGCCACAGCCGGCGGCGCGAUCCCACGCCGGCACCUACCGCUGCUGGGCUACCAACAGGCUGGGCGACGUCGAGCGCGUGGUGGAGGUGCUGGUGGAGUACCACGACCCCCCCGUGCUGCUGGCUGUACUGCUGACCCUGGCCGCGCUGGCCGCCGUGGGCCUCGCCGGGGCCAGCUAUGGCAUCUACUACCGCAAGAAGAAGAUCCGGCAGUACAAGCUGCAGGAGAAGCAGCGACAGCUGGAGAUGCAGCCCAUGGCCGGGCGCUCGCCGGAGGUGAAGGCAGCCGCUCCCAACGGAUUGGCACCGGCGGCCCAGCCCUAGCAGGGGGCAGCGUUACCUGGGCCGCCCCCCAGCAGUGCCCCACAGGGGUGGGAAAGGACUCGGGAUGGGAAGGGCCUGAGGGGCCCCGGCUACAGCCCUGCUCCCCGUGGGACCACGUGGAGCAAAGCACCAGGGCGACGGAGGCCUCCCGCGCGUGGGAUGCCAUCCCGGCAUCGCUCCGGCCGGCGCCUCCCGCUCCAGCAGCCGGAGGGGAUCAGACGAUACCGGGACAGUGCCGAGCCGCACGCAGCCAGCAACAAAGCGC